AUGCAUCGACUUAGACACGGCUUAUUUCCCUCUCCUCGGCCUUCGCGCCGUUUCGCAGACGGCUUCCUUCGUUUUUCGUCUUCGAUGGCUACCUCCACAACUUCGGCAUCGACAAUUGCAAGCAGCUUUCUUGCUAAAUGCAGAUCUAUUGGCCCACAGACACGUACGCAAAUUCUUGACGCCAACCAGCUUCAGCUCUUUUCCUUAGCCCUCCACCGAAACAACAUAUACUCCAACACACCAGCAUUAUCCAACGCCGCACCGCCGCCGGGAGGGACACCGAUUCCGCCAGGAUACCAUCUCAUUUACUUUACGCCUGCAUUUUUAGAAAGCGAGCUGGGGGUCGAUGGAACCGAUGCCUCUUAUAAUCCAGACGCUCCGUUUACUAGACGAAUGUGGGCUGGUGGAGAGGUUCAAUGGCCAAGGACGAAAGAGGGGAAACUAAAUCUCCUACGGGUUGGCCAAGAAGUGCGAGAAACUACGACUUUUUUAAGCGCUGAGCCAAAGGUGAUCCGAAAGACCGGGGAAGAGAUGAUAGUUGUUGGUUUGGAGAAGGUUUUCGAAAAUGAAGAUGGUGUCGCGGUUGUUGAUAGACGGUGA